AUGACAAAACACAGUAACCAUAAAGACAUGCUAUGGGAAGGCUUUGAUUAUGAAAAGGUCUUUGCAAUUUUAGGAGAGAAGAAUGCGCAACUGAGAGAUGUGUACAUGGAAUAUCUUGAAUCUACAAAUGAAAUUUACCGGGACUCUCUAUCACCUUUAUUGGAUUCCAUGAAGGAAUACAGAUCUGGACUACAGUCCUUAUCUAAUUCUCACAAGAAAAAACAUGGAAAGACAUCUUUAGAGGCUCUAGUUACUAUUAUAGAUGGCAUCAUUUCCAAACAUGUCAAGACGGUGAGUCCCCUAAAAAUUAUUCUGGAAGAUUCAAAAGAGUUUAUAAAAAUUCUUUAUGAAGAAAUUGCAGUAAAAACUCCACAUAUGUUGCAAAAUUAUAAAACAAAAAUCGAUAAUUUAUCCAUUACAGAUAUAAUCCUAAACCUUGCAAGGAUCGUGAUUCAAAUUGAAGAGAGCAUUGAAAACAUCAUUAAAAACGUAAAUAGAUAUGAAAAUGAUGUUAAAACAACAAUAGAUGGUAUAUGUAAGAUUAUGAAGGAACUAAAGUCCCUGGAAGAUGACAUCAAAGUCUUUCAUGAUAGAAUUUAUAAUAUUCUGCAUGCAUCUGAAUAUGAGAAAGAUUAUGAGUGUUCCCUGGAGAAGAAUGAUACAGAAUCUAAAGUUGCAUUGGAGAAACUAUACAGUCUUUUGGAUUCUGUCUUGUUGGAGAUUGAAGAUCUCCUUGAGGAGGGCAGAGCACCCACAGUGAAAAGUCCAAAAGAAGGAGAUUCAGUGCGGAUUCCAGCGGAUAAUUUUAUUAAUUCCAUAGGGAAUUAUUAUUCUCUCAUUAAAAAAAUCAGAGAAGAAGCCAGGAAUGAGUAUCUCAAGAGCCUAAGUGGAAUCAAAACGCUAGAUGAAUUCCUCAGAGAGGAUAGUGAAGCCUAUAGAAGAUCAGAUAUGGCUGACUUGUUAUACAAUGACGUCAGGAACAGCCAAAAACUUUAUCAAGGCUUGAUAUUGUCCAUAGAAAAGCUCUUGAAAGACGUAGAGAUAAGCAUAAUGAGAAUGUAUGAAUCAAAAAGGAAAGUUUCCAGCAGUAAAUCUGACCCAGAAAAACUACGAUAUGAAAUUUUUAAAUGUCAAAAAAUGUAUAAAGAAACCUUAAAGGAGCUUAAGUCUGCCAAUAAAGCCUCCACAAAGUCUGAAAUAGAUGAACUAAAGGCAAAGACUCAGGAGAUUUACAAGGCCCAGGAGAGUUACCGAGACGCUGUAAAUCUCCUAAAAUAUGGUAAUUAUGAUGAUAAUAGGGCAAAUUUUAUUGUCUUUAGUUCAGCUGCCACUAAUCUCAACUUAGUAGGGAAAGAUUACGACAAUGUAAAGGCUUCUCUGGAUGAUAGAACCAAAGAGAGAAAGAGCUAUGAAAGGGCCUUAGACAAAUUUUAUAUCUUUUUAUUAGACUAUAUUGCAGUGUUUAAUGCGACUAUGGCCUCUGUUGACAAUGUAAUUGCUUUUUUAGAAAAAGCCGCAAGGACCUGGGCAAGAGAAUGUAUGAGGAGUUUCACAAGGAGCGAACCAGAGAAACAAAUGCAUGUCGUUGUAACACAUGUACAUGACUACAAAAUGGAACAAAGCAUCAGUACAGAGAGUGAGUAUCACGAGAAUAACGAUACUGCAGAGAAUGAAUGGGAGUUUAACCUCAGAUGGGUCAACGGAACUGUGAAUGGCGAAUUAAGAAGUGAGAUAUCAAAGGAUAUCAACACAAAAAACACGUUAGUGGAAUCUCUGAGGUAUUCUCAAGUUCCAGAGAUCUUCAGAAAUAAUACCAAAGAUAUUAUAGAAAAGACAAGAGUUCUGAUGAAACUCGCCACCAGACUAGUCAAUACUCAGAGCAGCUAUACAGCAAGAUCUCAAACCGCGAUAAAAAUCCUAACCAUAUUUUUCAGUCUAAAAUCUUUAUCGUCUCAAGCCGAAGUGGCCUUGAAAUUGUUGGAGUCGAAUUCUAAGAUUCCUAGAGAACUAAAGAUUACCAUCUUGACAACUAGGAAUUUAUUAAAGGUAAAUCCGUCCUUGAAGAUAAUUCCGGAUAUUAUAACCAGUGUAACCGCGCUACUAACAUCAAUGAGCGAUCCAAACGGAUAUAUAAAUGAGGUCAUCGAGGAUUUUAUGGAAAUACAAGAGGCUGUCAGUGUCUUAAUGGUCAAUGGAUAUCAUAUAGAUCCUAUCUCUAGUUUACCAAAGGGUGAAUCCGGGGGUAAAGUAAGGAAGGAUGAAGGAAAUCCACCAAAAGAUCUUAUUAAAGCUGACAGAAGAAGAAAUAAUACACUAAAAGACAAAAUUCAGUACGCAUGCAUCUUCUAUCUAAAGACAUUAAACGAUGGAUUUGUGGAAUUCAUUCCGGUAUUUCUGGAAUCCAUUCAGAAACAUCAAGACAGUAUGCGCUUCCCUCUAUCUUCUACAAGGUUAUUACAGACAAGGGAUGUUGUAGAUGGCCUCUUGAUUGCAGUUGAAAUUUGUAAGGGGUCAUUCGACAAAGCUGGAGCAAUUUUAGAUCUCGUGAUUGAGAUACCGCUCUGGAAGAUUAUUGAAGAUUUGGAAGCUAUUUUGGUAGGAAUAAAUACCCGCAAUGAGACAAUGGAUCUAUUAAUGACAGACAUUGUUCCAGAAAACCUUUACAGCAAAACUUGUCAAGUUGAUAUUGACCCUCCGAUGGAAAUAAUUCCAAAGGAAUCUAUAAUCACUAUCCAGGAUGAAGUUGAGUCUCCCAGACAUACUGAUCGUUCAAACAUAUCAGUUUCAUCUCCAAAAGAAUGCAAACAUUCCGAUAACUCCCUAGAAUCCAUCAUAGAGACCCUUAAAUCACUAAAGAAUAUUCCGUCCCUCACUAGCAUUGGCGCUGCAUGUAUGCACAUUAAAAGGGCGAACAUUAUCCUAACAUGCCUUGGAGAUAUGGUAAAGAAGGCUGAAGAAGAGAGAGUGGAGAAAAAGGGCGAAUACCAAAAGAUAUUCGAGAAAAUACGUGGCCUCAAUGGAGCCGUAAUUCAAAAGAUCCAGAGCAGAUACAAAAGGAACAUAGAGAGAGCAAUAGAAACAUAUAGAAUAAAUAAGGGAAAUGGAACGGCGAUUGUAAAACUAACGAGAGCUCUGGAUGAAACUGAGGAGACGAAGGAAAACGAACUUGUUGAAGCCAUACGCAAUGGAGGGAGUAAAAUCUGGAACGAGAUUCUAGAAUUCGACUCUGAAGAAGCUGUUCCAGAUUCUCCAAAGAAUUAUAGAGCGGAAUCACUUCUUAAAGGGCUUAAUGGUAUCAUAAUCAGUGCCAUGGCCGACGUAUCUCAAGUGGAUGUUAAUGAAGAUGAAGACAAAUAUGAACAUGACAGCGAAGACAUUAGCCAUUAUAUUGAGAGUCUGGAAAAGAUGAAUCAGACAGAGAAAAUGUUCCAACUUCAGACGGAGGUUGAACGGACAUUUGAAUGUCUGACAUCGUCAUCAAUAAGAAUCCCACUGAAUGCCCUUUUACAGGUUUUUCUGACAGAUAUUGUAGGGGUUAUUGAGAAACUAGAUGAAAAACUUGACAAUAUGGAGUCUGAAAUAGACAGGAUAGAGAAUGCCAUGGAUAUCCUGACGGACAAUUUACUUGCGGAUAAUGAGGAAUACAAAAGUGCGAGGGAUGAUUAUAAACGCAAAAAGAAGAACAGUACAUCAGGUAUACAGGAUGCUACUAGAAGAUAUAGUGGUUUGAUAGACAAAGCCAAAAAAGACUGGGAUAAUGCCAAGAGAGAACUACAGGAGGCCACUCUUUCUGCAGUCACAUCUACCGUGGGAAACGCCAAAGUAAAACACUUUUCGGCAAAGAACAAGUAUGAAAAUGAAGUAAAUAUGUUGCAUACAAUAACCUGUAGUUUUGAAAAUGAGAUGUCGGAGGCUAGACAGGAAUACGAAAAUGUCAUAGAAAAGGCGAUUAAACCCCUUAAAGGCACACUUGAGAUCAUAUUAUCUAACUUAUACAAGGCUUCUAAAGUUCUUUUGGACAAUCUCAAGUUCUUAAACUCAGGAAAUAUAAAGGGAGAAAAAGAAAUGCUUUCCCACUCAGAGGAAUGGAAACAUGGGAUUAGAUUGGCGAUCAGAACAUUUAUAACAAGAUCUAUAGAACUAGUCCAAUCUCUAAAGGAUGAAUUGAAUUAUAAAUGCCUGGAGGAUGACUCACAAUGCGAUUCUACUGCGCUCAUGGAACAUCCACCUAUCAUAAUAGAAAUCGAUCAAAUGAAAAACUACCGGCAUCAUGGGAGUGACUUUUGGAAUUUUAAAUAUCUGGGAAGUAUUUCUGUAAAGUACAGGGCGGGAAUGUUCUUUAAAGACCCUCCUAACGGAUAUGAGACAUUUGAACACAGACCUGAACUUGGACUCGAUUUUUUCGUCUCUCACAUUCAAUAUCGCGGAGAAAAACAAGAUAUAGAUUUACCAGAAGACUCUUUACACUCUAUUUCAGUUUAUUACUGGUCUUCUCAUGAAGAUACCAGACCACUAAUGUUGAGAGUGAAUACCUCUACUGACUCGAUUUAUUACGUAAACAACGGAGAUAGAAACUGGAAAAAUGAGAAUGUAAACAAAAACAACAUUUUAAAAACUCUGAACAUGAUGAAUCACAAACAUAAUGGAAUAUUCACCAUUUAUCUCGAUAUGUCCACUCGGUAUGGUUACGGUGACAGUACUGCUGUAAAUGUUCAAAGGGUAAAUUUUACGCGUAAAGAUGUUAUCUUAGAGGCAAAAUACUCACAAAAUGAGCUUAAAAACUAUUCUGCAUAUAUUCACACUGCAGUUGGAUCCUCAAGGUUGACCAACUCUGAAUCGGAAUCUACGACCCAUGAACCGCUAAAAGAAGUCACAGAAGAGAUUAAUGAUGCAAAAAAUCCCCCAAAAAUCAUUCUUGGAAACCUUUGUCAUAAGCGUGGAGAGUUUUAUGGAUUGGAAGGGUUAAGAGAGAAGCAAUUUACAAGUUUGACUGUCUACUACAAAAGAGGUGAUGUAAAGCUUAAAAGACCGCUACUUCUCAUCUUUACCAAUCAAAAUGAUGGAGGAGAAUGCAAAUACCUCUAUUAUGAGCAUGUUGGCAAUUACCAGUGGGUGGAAGUAGAGGAUACUAAAAAUAUGAAGGAGACGCUGGACCGAAUCUCCAAAUCCUUCAGAAUGAGUAAAGCUAGGAGAACCAUAAUAUCCGUUAUGUUUUUUAUAACACUCACUGGUUUAAUUGUUGGAAUCACACUUAUGGCUUAUAAAAUUGACUGGAUCAUUAGCAAGUGGCAUAAGUGGACAAGAUAA